AAGUCCACGGGAAAGGUUCCAAAUGGUCUGAAUGAUCUCCCUCGACGACUUCCAUAAUUUAUUCGCUCGAAUGAAUCCAACAGGAGGAUGGGAUUGUAUUUUCAUCACGUGUGACAGUGAACAGCAUCACAACGUUCGCUUAAGUUGUUUUCACUUCUGAAAUUAUUCUUCGAGGCCUGGGGGUUCGAAUAAGGUCAAUGGUAGGGGUAUAACCUUCAAAAAUAUGUCCAGUGAGACACUGCGCGCACCAUCCAGGACGGGAAUAUUCCUCAUAAGUCUUACGGGGGGGAUUGGAGUGGCCCUUAGUGUCAUAUGCAUUCCCUUCGUGAGCCCUGCUCUGAGGAGGAUAUGCUUGCCAUACGUGCCUGCAACCUCUCAGCAAGUCGAGAAUGUCCUGCAGGCACUCAGAGGACGAACUGGAAGACUCAUUGAUCUGGGGAGUGGAGACGGAAGACUAGUUUUUGCUGCAGCGAGUAAUGGCUUCCAAGCUUGCGGAGUUGAGUUGAACCCAUGGCUCGUCAUGUACUCGAGAUUAUCCGCCUAUUUCCAAGGACUAUCACCCAAAACAGAGUUCCAUCGACGAGACCUUCUGAAAUUCGACCUGAGCAGCUACGACAAUGUCAUUAUUUUCGGAGUUCCUCAAAUGAUGGAAGAGAUAGAGAGAAAAUUCAUCGCAGAAUUGAAAAACGACAGCGCGAUUAUCGCCUGUCGAUUUCCCCUGCCAAACCUGAAGCCAAUCCAGACGAUUGGUCAGGGCGUUGAUACAGUAUGGAUUUACGAACGCCCUCGAAAAAUCGAGAAUUUGCUCGAUUGAUAGCCAAUUGAUGUGCAAAUGCAGAAAACAGUUAAUUUUUUUUUAAAUCUGUAAAUAAGAAAUUGAAAUAAUA